AUGCAUCCCAGUGAACUUCAUCAAGACGACGAACCACAACCACAACGUCAGCCACAACAAUGCGACGAGCCGCCUCAGAGUCUGUUGAGUUCCUCGUCGACUGUCGGCAACAAGGCGCAGAAUCAGCCCGUCUGCCGUCGGUUAUCAUUGGACAGUCGCAUGUCGAUUAGCAAGGGUGACGUUGCCUACGGUCUCUUGAUCACUCUCAAUCCGACAUCCAAUCAAGUGGAACUGUCCUUUACACCCGAUGCCCACUGGCAAGACAUUCAUCCCAAUUGUUACGCACCCGCCGUGCUGGAAGAUAUGGAAAAGUUGGGAGGAGGUGGGAGCGGAGUGGCCGUCUUUGAAGGAUAUCAUCCCGAUUUGGGUGACGUCGUCAUGAAACACGGAGGCGACAAGGAUCUCAAAGAACUCUUUGCCUUGGCGACCAUUGCCGAAGAACUCAAAGUUCGUCGGCAACACAGUAACUGCGACCAUUGUGACGAUGCCGGAAAACAUUUGCAAGAAAAGAUUCCCGAGUUUCGAUUUAUUUAUCUUAGUCCGCAUCAUUUGGGAGAAAACAGACGCGAGUUGUGGUACAAACUCUCCCAUCUCUACAAGUACUCCAGUCGAAACUUGUUGGUUUUGCCAGAAGACACGCCGCAAGAACAACCACAACAAGUCAACUUGAACAAACCACAACCUGUGUAUCGAAAAGUAAAGUCCGAGACCGACGGCAAUACGACUGCUAUUACUCUGGAUCCCACCACCAUGUCAUCCAACAACUGUCGUCGUACCAGCAUGACCAGUUUCGAAAGCAUGGCCAGUAUGACCAGUACGACUAGUAGUACCGGUACGGGCAGUAGUACCAAUGAUCUCAGCAGUCUCAGCAACAAUACUACAACUAACGGUACCACAAGACGACAACACAAACACAAUAAACUCCGACAUGUCCCGUCCCGCAAUGGUCUCAACAUGACGCAGUCGGGAACCGUCUCGGGACAUCGCGACAUUGCUAUUUACAACAACGCCGAAAACGAUGCCAACAAUUCCUGCAAUAUCGAAUUGCUCGGAGAUUCCCUUACCGUCUCGGUUCCGUCAUCGUGUCAAGGAGAUGGCUGGACGCAACACAUUGUCAUUCCAUGCGACAACAAUAGUGGCGGCUAUGCCUGUCUCCAAUCCAUUGUGAACGAUCUGGUACAACUCAUGAAGGAACACAAAUGGAAAUUCACAUUGGGACAAAAACGCAUUGGAAGUGACAAUCCCAAAACGGGAAAUCAAUGGCUCUAUUCCGGCGAUUUGCACGGACCGCUAUUGGACAAUUUGAUUACACAAAAGAUUCAACUCGUACGAGACUUGGCUACCUUGACGACGACGGAAGAAAAUAGUCCACAACAUUUGCGAGAUAUGCAACACGAAGUCAUGCGUUUCGAAGAAGAGGGAAACAUUACACCCUCUGAUAUAUCCCCAUUGACCGAUAGUUUUGUCGGCAAUGCCAUUAAAAAGAACUUUCAAGACGGAACCGGGCGAUUCCCCGUGUUGGGUCAAUUGGGACGACAAUUUCGAGAAUUCACGCCCACAUAUCAUCCGGAACUACUUGAAAAGAAACGAGAGCUAAAACUACUCCUGGACGGCAGCAGUCAUCAUACGGGAACGCAUUUACCAGCAUACGGCGGCGAGGACAGGGUCGUGUUGACGCCCGAAGAAGAGGUACCCGCCUAUCAUUUGGGAUGUUUGACCCGUCAGGGUGCCCUCAUGGGGGAUACCUUUGAAAAUGUCCCACUGGAACCGACCGUGCUGGGAAUGGAUCGCUUUUACUGGCGGAACCUGGUCCGGGCGGCGGUGCAACCACGACAACAAAAACUCAUGGGACGCACAUCGCCCAUGGCACUGACACGCAUUUGGACCUGUGGGUUGACCGACGCUGGAGUGCACAACCUGUUCUUGACGGAGGAUUCGUUCUGGUUGUUUGAUUUGGGACAACCGCAAUUGUAUUCGGCGCCAGGAUUCCUGACCAAAUUCUUAUUUAGCUUCUUCCACACCCUUGGUAUGGAAGAGACCAGCGAUGGUACUAGUUGGGUGCGUCGCUUUGAACACAAUCCCGAAACCAACAAGCUGCGUCUGACACGCGACACAAAGACCUUGUUGCAUGAGGCAUAUGGGGCAUUUGAAACAACCCUGGAUCGACUCAUCAAUGAACUCUUUGAUGGCGAUGAUUCUCUCCGAUGGUUGCUCAUCCAGUACAUGACUUUGCAACUUUUGAGUGACGCCUCGUUUUGCCUGCAGCGUUGGACCACCAAGGGAGGAGGUCGAACACGAGAUGCCAAUCAUCAAACAGACAUUGAAAAGUGGCUAUGGAGGGCGCUGUGGGACAUGUACAUUGCCUUUGAUCUGAACACGAGCGAGACGUGGACAAGGUUGUACGUGGAACACCCCAGCCAUCGCGAGAGUGUCUUUUUGGAUGACAUGAGAGAUCUGAUUCAGGACGAAGGAUACAUGGCAGCACUUGCGAGCAUCGAUGAGAAGGAGUGCAAGCAAGAGGAGCAGAUUGCUGUGUGAGCUCUUUGCUACCGGAGUGCGCACUACGGUACUUGCUAGGUUUGUAUAUUUAUUUGAGCAUGCAUGCAACAAGCCAAUUUUUCGAUAUCUAGAUGAUCACAAGUUGACACGAACUAUAGAGUAUCGCUGGCAGUUGCUGCCUGGCCCUGAGGAUGGUAAUUUACUGAGAGUAGAUUCGAUUCUAGCUAGCUAACUCAAACAUGUCGUUUCACUAGGCGUGGGAAGUGCAGGUUUUGGGUGGCCUCACGAACACCGCAACGAAUUUUUAGACUGUACCGGCAACGCUUGGACGUUUGCACCAGCGGCACGAAUGUUUGCGUUUCCUCCGAUCUAGUAGUCAUGGGGUCCAUUGCCCUGGGGUGGCGUAUGAUGCGCACUGCCGUUCAGGUUGGUUUUCGUCACCAUGUCACUUCAACCCCAGGCAUCCAGGGAUGAUUCCUCGCCUCCACUAGCGCUGCUGGUCUCAGCUAACUGGGUGUACUCGCACAGAGUUGCUGCCACCGUGGUGAAUGAAUGCAAGUAGGCUCGACCAUUGCUGGCUUUGGUAGUGGAAAACCCCGCCAAACCAACCGGUCCAAUCUCGCCGUUGGCAAAAAAGCCAGCUACCACUGGUGGCGGAUUGUCAUCAUUUUUAUCACCAUUUCUGGGACGACUGGCUGUAGUUUCUACGAGCUGCUGUACAUUGGAAAGAUCCACAUUGGGAAUACCAUCAAACAUGCCUCGUCCUCGGGCAACACACGAUAUCUGAAUCGCAGCCACAGGCUGUGGUUGCCUGGAGGGGUUGCCAUCGAACAAUCGUGCUGUCUUGGCCCGCUGUACCAUGAGCUGCAAAUCCUGCUGGGCCGUGCUGCCAUCUCGUACCUGAAAGCAAAAUAGAUCUCCCUCUCUAAUCUGAUUCGUCCCAAUGGCAAUGCCUUGAACGGAGGGAACAAAGCCCAUGAUUUGUCGACUCAGAAAGUCACUACUAUUGACGUCGUUAUCAUCAGUAUUGUCCGAAGGCGUCAUGAUUCCGCAGAGCAAUCCCGAACUGAUUUGAUCUUGCUCGGCAGGAGGUGAUUGAUUGGCGAGAUCUCGUAGGACCUGCAAGGCUGGUUUUCCAUCCAAUUUGGUAAUGACAUUUCCAUCGCAGGCGGUGACCCGAUAGAUGGAUCCCUCCGUCACGGGUCGACAACCCUGUGCUACCAUGGUCUGCAAACCCAAGGUUCCUCCAAAGGCAAUGGCAAUCAUGGAUCCUUGUGGCAAACACCUUCCAUCAAACGCCAAACUGGAUUGAUCCGCCAGAUACGGACACGUAAUGCCACCGGCAAGAACCAGUGGACGAUCCUUGUUGUCCGGCUGUGAGGGCGCCGCCAGGAAUUGUUCCACUUGUGCCCACGGAUCGGCAAAGAGUAGACACGAGUUGUACUUUGUGGGUGCUCCGUCUAGCGGAUCAUUGACAAGAUCCCAGAUUCCAUCGUUAUUGUUUAGGAAGUUGUUGUCAUCUGUAUUGUCUUGGGUGGUGAUUUUCAUCUGAGCACCUGGUGGGAGACUCCCAAUCAGCAAGGACAUGCUGGGUCGUUCGGGUUCAUCGAGCUCGACGGAUUCUCCAAUGACGCCACCUCCCAAGAGGGCCACAAAUCGGAUUCCAUGGGGAGCACUACUGAUUUGUCGGUGGGCAUGCUGUACCAGGGCUUCAAAAUCAUUGGCAUGGGCUUGACUCACAAAUAGCAUGGCCAAAUCAAAUUGGCUCUUGUCUGUAUCGGAAAGUUCCUUGUUGUAAAUCUUGUUGAAAGCAUUAAACGCAUCGGGAUGUGUCGACACGUGAGAUUGCCAAGUGGAUUCAGCAGCAGCCGCCAGGCGAGUGGAUGGUGAUUGUGAUGAUGAUGAUGAUUGCGACAAGACAUUGGGCCUGGAGGGCUGGGGGGAUAUCAGAAAAGACUCAAUGGCCCAUGGCAGGAAACACAGAAGCAGCC